AUGUUUGCGCCGAUGAGCGCUGGCGGCAGCGACGACGUGUGGCACGUCCAGGACGAGCCGGCGUCGCUCAAGCCGGGUCGAUUCCGAGCCUACCUGCCUAACCAGCUGCUCAACCACCACGCCAGCGGCCAGGCCCCGUCCUCGAUCGCCACCUCGAGCCGCGCCAUCCCCUUUUCGCGCGACGCCAACCUCGUCGGCCGAUCCGCUGCGUCCAAGAAGCGCAAGGGCAAGGCACGGCUGCUCGACGACAUCGGCAGCGGCACCGAGACAUCCGACGGAGGAGCCGCCAACCACGGCUUUGGCAAUCGGCUCGCUGCCGGCUUCGGCCUCGGAAGGAACAAGCGCAGCAAGACGACGCAGGCGCUGGCACAGCAGCGGGAUCAGCAGCGUCAGCAGCAGCACCAGCAGCAUCCGGCGAGGCCAAACAGGGGGAUAGGCAGGUUCGGAACCGGCGCCGACGGUGCUGUUGGCAGCGAUCUGUUCGAGGAGUGGUACGGCGCCGACUACGAGCAGUAUCCGGCGCAAGGCGUCAGGCAGUCUGCGUUUGGGAAGACGUCUGGGCUGGAGCCAGCGCAGCGCAGCUUGCGUCCGUCGCCCUACCAGCCGUCUCCCUCGGCCACGCCUCGGACGAGGACGUCUCGGGACGGCCGGCCGCGGCCUCGCAGCUGGGUGCAUAACCUGGUGCGGCCUUCGCGCGAUACCGUCGAAGACUGGCUGGACAGCUGGUGGAAGCGGUGGUUUGCCCUGGCGGUGCUGCCUUCGCUCGUCGUAUGGUUCUGGUGCGCGGUGCCCUUCCCCAAGACGGACCCGUACGAUCCCAACCUGCCCUGGUGCAACCCGGGCGAGGACGGCCGCAGCGACGAUCCGAGCAACCCGCCGUGGUGCUAUCCGCGCAAUGCGACCGUUGUACCCUCGUCAAUGUCCUCUGCGGUCGGCCUCCUUGCGCGCCUCCCGACCGUCUCUGGCCUCGUCUACUCCGCGGCGCCAAAGCUCUUUGCGGUCCUGUCCGGCUCCUCGGCAUCGGCAUCGGUCUCGCCAUCGUCAUCGCCCGCGCCCGCACCAUCGCCGGAGCCCGAACACCUCACCGUCGAUGCCAACUUCUGGUUCUUCCUCGUCUUCUACUACGGCCUCUACGUCGCCGUGGCGCUCGUCUACAUCACCCAGCUCUUCAGCCUGUACCGCCUCAACUGGUGGCCAGCCGCGCUGGGGGCAAGGACGUCCUACUCGUUCUUCUGGGUGGGCAGCCUGGUCGCCGGCUGGGUCCUGCACGAAAUGGACCCCUUUGGCACCGAAAAGGCCAGCAGACCGCCGCACGAACUUCCAACGCCAAGUGUAGACAACGGCCGGUACGAUGUGCUUCGACAGCACAAUGGAGCCAGCAACGGCACGAGCCCAGGGCCUGGAGGAUACCCUGGCGGCGGCGGCGGCAGCAUCGACGAGAGCGACAUCCAGUGGCAGCGAAAGACGCUGUGGGUCGGUCUGGCCUUUGCCACGAUGGCCAUGCCGGCGCUCGUGUGCUUUGUCGGCCUGCGCAGGAGCGGCAGGCAGACCUACCGCCACAGCCUGACCGACCACCAGAAAACGUUCCUCGAACGUCAGCUGUCGCGGCGCAUCCCGUCGUCCUACAUCCGCUUCCUCUGGUUUAUCUCGGUCAUCGGCCUGGGUCUGUUUGCGCUGAUCGCCGGCCAGGGCUACGCCAGCGUCUACCUCGCCACGCUGCCCCACACGGGCCUCGACGGCAUCGCCUACGUCAGCUUCUGGACCCUCACCGUCAACGGCAUGGCGCUCGUAUCGCAUUGGAUCCUCGAGGAAAAGGUCCGCAGCCGCGCCUUGCUCUUUGUGUUCAAGUACUAUUACUUCCUUGUCUACUUCAUCUUCUACCGCAACCUGUUUGCCCGCCUUCGCAGCUUUGACCAGUUUGCGCUGGUGCAGCUGCUCAGCUCGUUCUGGGUCUGCAUCUACUACCCGUUCAGCAUGUCGAGCAUCUGCCACCGGAUCACGCAGUACUUUAAUCCGCAGCCAAAGUCGUGGGAGGAGUACGUCGAGAGCGUCGGCCUCGCCUUCUACCUGCGCAACCUGGCGCAGAACACGACGAUGCUGGCGUUCCUGGGCUGGGUCUCGAUCCUCCACUUUGGAUCCAACCAGCAGCUCUACCCCUUCUUUGCCUACGACAACAAGCACGACCCGUACAACUACCAGCUGACGAUGCUCGGCUCACUGGCCAUCUGGGGCUCGGAGCUGGCCAGCUCGUACGUGGCCCGCCUCAUCUGCUACUGGGCCUUUGAGGUCGACGUCACCAAUCUCGGCCUCGACGAGAUGCGCGAGUUUCCAGAGGUGCUCACCACCAUUGGCUGGGGCGCCGUCCACACCCUCAUGGACAUGCUCCUCUUUCUCAUCAAGCUCAACUUUAGAUGA